GUUCAAGCAGUCUCAACUCAAUCGAGCACUCACUCGCAUCGUAUUCGAACGACAACAACAGACAUUCGCCAGAUACAUUGGCUAUGUUUCUGUUCUGACUCAUCAAAGUGAAUUUGUAGAUAUCUAAUUUUUUUAAAGUUGUUUCUAUAAAAUAAAAUCAUAAAAGUGCAAACAUGUCGUUAGUCCAAAUGACCACUGAACAACUUCAACAGUUGAUUGAAGCAGUAAAAGUUGCAGCUAUCGCUGAUAAUCCAGUUGCAUCAGCACCAGCACCAUCAAAAGGAAGUUUCACCAAUUGCGGUUCUCGUUUUGGAGGAGAACGUGACCACUAUGCUGUCGAAGAGUUCAUCACAUCAGUGGAAACAUUUAAAGACAUCGAACACAUUAAGGAUGAAGACGCAUUACGUGGCAUAUCCUUGUUGUUCUACGAUCUUGCAUCGACAUGGUGGCAAGGUGUCAAAAGGGAAGCAAAGACUUGGAAUGAUGCCGUUGAACUUAUUCGUAGCCAUUUCGCACCCACCAAACCAGCUUAUCAGAUCUACAUGGAGAUCUUCCAGCAUAACCAAGGCACAGGUAUCGGCAUAGAUACAUUUGUGUUGGCUAAGCGAGCUUUAUUAGCACAAUUGCCUGAAGGACGUCAUAAUGAAGAAUCUGAGAUCGAUUUGAUUUAUGGAUUAUUGAAUGUUGACUACCGCAAACAUAUCGCUCGUCAUGAUGUCAAGACAUUCAAAGAUCUGCUGGAGAAGGCUAGAAUUGUCGAACAUAAUGAUACCGAAACUUUCGAGGAUCCUGCACCAAAACCGUCGACAGAAAGGGGAAGUGGCCUUGGUGGAAGAAAUAGAUGUUCAUACUGCAGCUAUCGAGGACAUACCAUCGAAAACUGCCGCAAAAAGAAGUCAGCUGAAGGUCAUUAAACAGAGGUCAUCAACAUUGACUACUAUCGUAAGACAAUUUGCACGUGGCUUUUUCGCCAAAAUCUUUAGUUUAAUUUAAAAUAAAAAUCUGUCAAUUUUACGCCAGUUAAGCUACGCCUAAUAAAGGAUAGCCAUCUAGAGUUAUAAUCUAGAAUUAAGGGUUUCUACUGCUGAAACUCUUCCAUGCAACUAUUAAAGAAUUAUUCGCCGAAAGGCACAAGCAACUUGCCGUAAGGCAAAACACGCCGAAAGGCAAAACUCGCCGAAAGGCAAAUAGCACUGUACUACCGAGUACGGAGUGGAAUCUACUGAAAGAUUGGAAUCGUGCUAUGAAUUUCUCGAGGAAUAAUGAACAGUUUGAAACUGAUAAAGUAGUUUUGAGACAGAAAUGAUUCAGUACUUUGUACAUACUGAUUUAUUUUUGAACUCUCGACUUCGUUAUUGGUUCCUUUUGAAUUUGAGUUGUUAUUCCUUGUUUUGCUUAUAGCAUUUUUAAGUAAUUAAAUAUAAAUUUAUAUUAAUAUAUUUUUAUGUAUAAUUAUUUGUUUAUUUGAAGCCUAUCUUGAUGUAGACAUCUACAAAGUAUUCACCCCCUUUUGCACAUUUGACUUGAAACUCAUCGAACUUUGAAGGUAGGAUUUGUGGCAUCUUUAUUGAGAAACCUUGGUUUUUCAGUGCUUAUCCUACAGAUCCAAGCCUUAGGAUUGGGAGUUACAUUUUGGGUGUACAAAAGGGUUCCGGAGACCUAGUCUCCAAAACCUUAUUGCAUUCUGAAAUUCUCUAUCGUCUUGAGGUUGAAAAAUCUUUAGGAUACUUUUAUUCCGAUGAAGCAAAAGUUGUUCAGAGUGUCAGAUUUUAAUGAGAAAGUUUAAAUGGAACUCGGAUUAUGUCUUUAAACGUUUUUAUUUGAAAUCUUUACUUUCUGAAUGAUUUUUGUUUCAUUUGUCUAAGCGUAGUCUUAAAGUGUUUUUCACUUUCUCAAAAAUGUAUUUUAGAAAUUCUGAAAGUGAUAAAAAAAACCAUUUUAUGCUUUGCAUAAAAUACUUUUAUCGUUUAUCGAUAUCAAAACAAAACAACUUUUUGUACAUUUAUGUACACAAAAUGAACUAAAUUCUUGAAUUUGAAUUCAAAUUCAAAAUUUAAUUUUCGCAUUUUAAUGCGACGGACGCAAUUAAAACAUUCGCCAGCAAUUGGCUUUGUUAAACGGACUCUUUGUAGUCUCUUUUGUGUUAAACACAACAAUAUUUUCUGGCUUGAGAACGCCCGUAGGGAAUUUAUAUGAAACAACAACAAACAUCACUUUGAAUACGAGUACAAAAUACGAAUACGAUGCAAAACCAAAAACUAUUAUUCUAAGAAAUAUUAAAUAUUUCAAAACUUUAUAAUCUUUAAUUUUUUUUGAAGAAAAACAAUGAAAAUCUAAGAAAUUUACAAAUCAAACUAAUUCUUAACUGAAAGUUAAGAACUACAAAAAUGAAUUAGUGGCAACACUUUAAAUUUUAUAUUAAAAUUUACUUAGAAAGAAAUCUUAAAUUAUUUUUUAACUAUACGCUGAAAUAUAUUUAAAUUGUAAUAUGUAAUAACUUUUCAUAAAUAGCUAAUUGUUUAAUUCUUAUGUAGACACUUUUUUGAAAUCAAUUGUAAUGUAUAAUUUUUUUGUGAAUUUUUUAAAUAUUUCCUCAUUUGUAUACUAA